AUGUCACAACGAAAAGGUGGUGGUGGAGGUGGAGGCGGCGGCGUUGGCUUCAAGUCUCUUGGGCUGAGCGAUAUCGUUUUCAAAGGUGUCGUCCGAAUGGGAUUCCGAAAUCCAACCCCAGUCCAACGAAAAGCCCUUCCUGUGGUGCUAUCAGGAGCAGAUGCUUGCGUCAUGGCACGGACGGGUUCGGGAAAAACUUGUGCCUUUUUGAUUCCAUUGCUGGAAACACUGCUGGCCAAUCCACCUACCGCCCAACGACAAUCCGGAACCCGUGGAAUUGUGCUGAGUCCUACCCGCGAACUGUCUCUUCAAACCCUUAAGGUACUCAAGAAACUAUCUCAUUUUACUGAACUUCGGUCCAUUGGUAUUCAUGGUGGAGAGGGAAUGGAACAACAAUUCAAUCAAUUGAGCAGUAAACCAGAUGUAAUUGUGGCAACUCCUGGUAGAUUGGCCCAUCAUUUGGAAGAGAUUCCUGAUUUCGAUUUGAAGGACUGUCAAAUUUGUAUCUUGGACGAAGCCGAUCGAUUGCUGGAAAUGGGUUUCGCCAUGCAAUUGCGACAAAUUGCCAAAUCUUUGCCGCAAGAUCGGUGCCAAAAAGUCAUGUUGAGUGCGACCAUGCCCAAGAUGCUCAUCGAAUUUACGAAGGGUGGCUUUUGUACUGAUCCACAAGUGGUUCGGCUGGAUUCCGAAGCCAAUGUCAGUGAAGACUUGCGGGUGGGAUUCGUGACUUGUCGUAGUUUGGAAAAAGAUGCUGUCCUUCUACAGUUUUUGGAUGCCAUUGAAGCCGAUACCAACAAGCAUGAAGGAACACGCACUGGGCUGACACUGGUCUUUUGUGCGACAAGGCAUCACGUUGAGUACGUUGCAACAUUGAUCCAAUCCAGUGGCAAAGAUGCGACCAUGAUUUACGGUACAAUGGAUGCUGAAGCAAGAAACAAAAAUCUAGCCGCCUUUCGAAACGGAUCCAAACCCAUCAUGGUGGUAACUGACGUCGCUGCCAGAGGAGUUGAUAUCCCAUUUUUGGAUCAUGUGAUCCACUACCAUUUCCCACCAUCCCCAAAGCUGUUUAUCCAUCGUUCUGGACGUGCUGCUCGUGCUGGACGCAUUGGAUUUUGCUGGGGUUUGGUAGAACCAGAUGAAUUGCCCUACAUGGUAGACUUGCACCUCUUUUUGGGACGCAAGCUCAAAUGCUUGGAAGGAUUUACGGAAAGUGGCAAAGCCGAAGAAAUUGAGCCGUAUUCUCUGGAUGAAAUGACACCCGACAUGGUGCACUAUGGUUCUGUUCCAGAGUCCAUCUUGACGAUGGAAGUGGAAAAUGUGCGAAGAAUAUUGGACACGCACGGCGAAGCCGAAGUUAUGAGAUCCUUGACAAGAACAUGCGCCAAUGCAAUGAAGCAAUACAGAAGAACACGACCAGAAGCAAGUGGACAAGGUGCGCGACGUGCCAAAGCCAUUUUAGAAGGAGCGAAGCAAGAAACAGGCCAACGUGUUGGCAAUACCGCAAUCCCGCCACAUCCACUGUUGCAGGGUCUUGUCAUGGAACAAUACGAAAAAGACAAGAAAGCCGGAAAGAUUGGAAUUCUGAACGACCUGGAAAACGUCCGUCAGCGCCAAGACUUUUUGAAGGCUAUGGCGGAAUUUCGACCGAAAGAAACUGUCUUUGAAGCCUUUGCUACUGGUGGAGGCAAAGAUUCGGGCGUUCUGAGUCAAGUGGACAAGGGCCGAACGACGGCAGGUAGCAAGAAGCAUGAUUCUAGUUUUGCAUUGACGGCCAUGAAGAAUAUGCGCCGACAAAUGAGAAUGGCCCGCAACAAGGGAUCAGCGUUGGUUAUUGCUGGUACGGAUGUGGCCAUGGAACGAAAUGAGGAUGUCGAAGAAACAUCGGAAAUGCCAGUCGAAGAACCUGUCGGAGUCAAGACUGUAACGAAAAAGGUAACUCCGCAAGUAGAGGGCAAGCGGCGUCUGUCCAAAGCAGAGCGAAAGCGUCUCAAGAAGAAUCCCAAUGCCAAAGCACACACUACUUCGACUACAACAAUUAGUAGCAAGAAGAAGGAGGCCAUUCGUGAUUUCCGAGAUCCCACCUUUUUUAUUGAAAACAAUGCCGUCACAAAUCCAGAAGAAGCCGCGCGGCAGCGACAAGUGGAGGCUGCCAUGCAACCUAGUGCUGCCAACAUCAAGGGAAUCCAAGGUAAUGCUUUGAGAAUAGAAGAAACCAUGCUUGACAUUGUGGGUGAUGAAAAUGAUCAACUUGUUCAGAAGCAAAGAAUGAUGCGAUGGGACAAAUCGAAACGAAAAUAUAUGCAAACAACUGUUGGUGCUGAGUUGAGUGGAGAGAGCCGUAGCAAGAAAAUGAAAUUGGAGAGUGGACAGAUUGUGAAGAGGGAUAAAUUGAAGCUUGGGGAACUCUACGAGAAGUGGCAAAAGAAGACGAAUCGUUCCAUUGGUCGGGAUGGCAUCUUUGAUACCCCAACAAAUGAUGAUGAUGGUGACUAUGACGAUUCCCCCAAAGGAAGGAAUCAAAUGGGCAAGAAAAAGAAAAAAGGUGGUUCUGCAGACAGUGAUAGAGUAUCGGCUCGUGACAUCAAGAAUACUCGUGAGCGCAAGCAAGAUAUGAAGAUGAAGAAUUUGAACAAAUCGGACCGAAGGCGAUUGGAACGAAAUGGACAAGACACUGGCACAGCAGGAGGGCAGCAAAAGAAGGGCUACCAAGGGAAGAAGGGAGCGAGUGGAAGGUGGAAAAAGUAA